UCGAGCGUUGUGUUGGCCAAAACAUUUGUCUCCGUAUGGGCUGGAGAAUAAAGAAGAUAUUUUUGUUCUCCACAGAAAUCUUGCCAGACAAACAAUAAUCUCCGACUCAGUGCAUAACUGAGAGUCUUUGACGCUGCACAGUAGGUCAAUCUGAAAAAUAAUGAGCUAUGGACCAGGACUAUGAGUGUCGGCUACUCAGGCAGAUCAACAUCCAGAACGAGAACGCCAGCCCUAUAAAAGCCAUAGAUGCAGCGCGAGCGCUGACACCCACCAACUCCCCUCUGUCGUCACCAAGCAAACAUGGCGACCGCUUCAUCCCCUCCCGCGCUGGCGCCAACUGGAGCGUGAACUUCCACCGCAUCAAUGAGAAUGAGAAGUCCCACAAUCAGAACAGGAAGGCAAAGGAUGGCACAACAGACACUAGCAAAGCGGACGGCCUGGCGUACUCUGCCCUGCUAAAGAACGAGCUGCUGGGGGCAGGCAUAGAGAAGGUCCAGGACCCCCAGUCAGAGGACCGCCGCCUCCAGCCCUCAACCCCUGCCAAGAGGAGCCUCUUUAGUUAUUCUGUCAGUGCCAAACGGUCUCUCCCUGAGGAUGGCAACACAGUCUCUCCAUACUCCCUGUCUCCUGUUAGCAGCAACAGUCAGAAGCUGUUACGGUCACCUAGGAAACCCACACGUAAGAUCUCUAAGAUCCCCUUCAAGGUGCUGGAUGCUCCGGAGCUGCAGGAUGACUUCUACCUCAACCUGGUGGACUGGUCCUCCCUCAACGUCCUCAGUGUCGGCCUGGGCACCUGUGUCUACCUGUGGAGCGCCUGCACCAGCCAGGUGACGCGUCUGUGUGACCUGUCAGUGGAGGGGGACUCUGUCACGUCAGUGGGCUGGUCAGAGAGGGGGAACCUGGUAGCAGUGGGGACUCAUAAGGGCUAUGUACAGAUCUGGGACGCGGCAGCAGGGAAGAAGCUGUCUGUACUGGAGGGACACACAGCCAGAGUGGGUGCGUUGGCGUGGAAUGCCGACCAGUUAUCGUCGGGCAGUCGUGAUAGGGUGAUCCUGCAGAGGGACAUCCGAGCCCCACCCCUCCAGUCAGAACGCCGUCUUCAGGGACACAGACAGGAAGUCUGCGGCCUCAAGUGGAGCACAGACCACCAGCUGCUGGCCUCAGGGGGGAACGACAACAAGCUGCUGGUAUGGAACCACUCCAGUGUUCUCCCGGUGCAGCAGUACACAGAGCACCUGGCUGCGGUGAAGGCCAUCGCUUGGUCCCCCCAUCAGCACGGCCUGCUGGCAUCUGGAGGGGGUACAGCCGACCGCUGCAUCCGCUUCUGGAACACCCUGACGGGCCAGCCCCUGCAGUGCACCGACACCGGAUCCCAGGUCUGCAACCUGGCCUGGUCCAAACACACCAAUGAACUGGUGAGCACACACGGUUACUCCCAGAACCAGAUCUUGGUGUGGAAGUACCCUUCCCUCACACAGGUGGCCAAACUCACAGGCCACUCCUACAGAGUACUCUACCUGGCCAUGUCCCCUGACGGAGAGGCCAUUGUGACAGGCGCCGGAGACGAGACACUGCGCUUCUGGAACGUCUUCAGCAAGAUGAGGUCCACCAAGGAGUCUGUAUCUGUUCUGAACCUGUUUACCAGGAUCCGGUAGCCAGAGGGAGGGUGACCCAGCCCAGAGGGAGUACUGUACUACACACAACACUGGAGUCCAUUCUGAUAAAUAAAUCCCCUCUCUCUGCCCCCUUAUGUCCUCCUACGCCUCUGGUAGGCUAGGGUCCUUUCAAAUACCCAAGGCCAGGUCGUCAAGCAGAUAGAUGGGAGUCAAUAUUCCAGUGGAAUAAAUCCACUCCUCACAACGCCCAUCACAACCAGUGUGACAUUACAAGGCAUACAGUUCCAUUGGUGAUUUCCUUGGGAGAGGAGGAUUCUGCGACGCGUUUUUCCCCAAGUGAUUCUGUUUUGUUUAGACUGUGCAUACCUGCCAAAUACGAAGUUUGUACUUUUUUUGAAUGUUUUAUUUAUUGUUUUAUCACGUAAUGUCGCCAGGGUGCUUCAGCAGACUGUUUGUUUUGUUUUCUGUGUGAGUGAAUGUUGCGUGUCCGACUCUUCGUGAAGAGCCUGAAGCUUUUGUGUUUGUGCCUGCCUUAAAGGGAUAGUUUACAUCUAAAAUCAAAGUAUGUCCAAAAAAAAAUAUCCUUUACGAGGUAUGAAAAUGUGACAUGCUUUGACUUCAGGGUGAGCUGAAGUGAUUUUUUUUUUUACAUGUUGUAGACUGUUCUAAUUUAUUCACCUGGUAAAAAAACAACAACAAUAUUUUAAGUUAGUUGUGUGAUGCGUGUCAAUAAUGGCGGAAAUCUUACGUUUUUUUAAUUAGAAAAAAAAUCUGCAGUUGUAAUUUGAGCGGUGGCCGCAAACUAACUACAUAGAAUCACUUACCGUUUUUCUCUGUAAAUCGUGUUGUUUUGCCAGUUAAUUUUCUUUUUAAAAUUUUUAACGAAAGUGCCAGUAUCAGUACUCAGUAAUCAAUCGCAUGGAUAUAUGUAGGUUAACCUACAUUAACAGAGACACAUUUCCAAUUUUCGGUGUCUAUUGAGUUCCAAGAAAAUGUCAUUGCACUCAGUCUGAUAACGAGCAAGUAGUAUUUGGAAACAGGUAAAUAACUAGUCAUAACCUUUGGAAUUGAUACUUAUACCAGAUACAGGAUAAAAUAUUAAAAUCGUAACUUUUUCCUGGAUGUAGCAGUAACUGAAAUGCACCGUAAAGAAAAAAAGGAACAACAUUCAUGGUCUCUUAAAGGCAUCACUGGUUGCAUUGUGCUAUGUGUGUCUGUGGUAUAAAGAUAUUUAGUCCAGGGCACUUCAUUUUUUUUCUCAGCAUUUCUUUGUGACUCUUGUAGUAGCUCUUUUUCAUUUUCUCAGUUUGGAUGUGGGUUUUGAGUGACCUUGUGUGCCAUCUUUGAAUGAGUGCUAUUUAUUUGAGCUGUGUAAAAAUUGUCCAGUACACCCAUAGCAUGUGUGUGUUAUUCUGAGAGUUGAUUAUUAUCUGAUAGUUGAAUGAUGGAAAGCUGACCUGUACAGUAUAUAGUAUACUAUAGCUCCAGUCCGAACUAAGCAUUUUUACUCAUUUUAUGCCACAGAAUCAAAACAAAGAAUGCUGCCAUCUUGAAAUGCCUAAAGAAUGUUAUGAAGAUAAAUAAAUAUUUAUGUUCUGAGAAAAGAGAUCACAUCACUUUU